ACGCUCAGGUAUGGCUUGUGUACAAACAGCAUGGAAUAAGACCGUGGCACCAAAUUAAUCUCAUGACUCAGUUAUGUGUAUGGCGGUGUGUAUGGCCAGCUUGAUGGUAAAUGUUAUUUUUUUCGGUGGGAUAAUUACACAAAUUUUGCUUAGGCUGUUGGAAUUUCGAAGUGGAAUACAGAUGCACACUAACGCAUCACAUACAUGUAUAGACUGAAUCAUUAACAGCUACAGAGCCUCACGUCAGGAGUAGCGAAUAGUUCUCGUGACAUGUAGCCUAGAGCUACUAGUACUAGAGUGCUCGCUCGCUUAACCGUCGUGAUAACGCCCCUCUUGGGCAAGCUAGCAUCAGGUAAAUUAUUAUAGGCGGGAUAAUUUAAAAACCUUCAGAAGCCGACGUCUAUAUACUGGCCGGAGUUUCGAAGUAAAGUGGAUACCUGCAUAUGCACCACCUGGACUGAAGAUUGGUCGCUAAAAUGGCAAACACUGGAGCCUAUCUCCUGCCCGGAGAACGUAGGGGUGGCCUGGUUCUCGUAUAUGACGGAUAUCGAUACCAAAGGAACAAAAUAAGUGCAGGUACAAAGGUCUACUGGAGAUGUACGGAUAAAAAGUGUAGAGUCCCUUUACACACCAAUGAUUUCGGCUCAGGAGAAAAUAUCGUUGUUCUAGACAACCAGCAGCCGGAGCAUGCACAUCCUCCGGAACAUGGCAGAUUGGAUCGAUUCCAGUUCAUACGAGAAAUCAAGAAUGUCAUAAGAAGAGAACCCUCGCUUCCAGUCAGAAGGGCAUACGACGAGGUCACCUCAAGAUUACCACACGCCCAACGGAUAAACUUUCCUGACUUUGAUGGAGUUAGGACCUCGCUGCUACGAUUCAGGGCAAGAUCUUGUCGUCCUGUUGCCAGUCAAUCCGUCGACAUGGCGGACAUUCAUGGCGCAUGGGCCGAGACCUUGGGCGGCCAACGAGAGCUGCUGGCAAUAGAUAAUGCUAUCGGAGUAGCCGUGUUUGCAAGCAGGAGAGAGCUUGAAGUUCUUGAGCAAUGCAGUGAGAUUUUCAUUGACGGAACAUUUCACACAGCACCUGCCCCCUUCACACAAAUUGUUACAGCAUAUGGCCGAUACCGUGGUUUGAUCCUACCUCUUUCGAUUAGUUUGGUGACUAAUAAACGAGAAGAACAGUAUCUCUACGUACUGCAAGCAAUCAAACGAGAAAUUAUUGCCAUCACAGAUCGUCCGCUCUCUCCAAGCUUGGUCAUUACGGAUUUUGAAGUGGAUCUCAUCAAUGCAAUUGGAAAGGAGCUACCACAUGCGGAUAGCAGAGUAUGUAAGAGCCCAUGGAGGAAGCUGACAGAGCUUGGCUUGGAAGGCCCCUACCUACGAGACCCAGCCUUGCAGAGAGUGGUGGGAAGAAUGCUAGGUUUUGGCUACCAACUCCCCAUCCCACAUGUUGCCUUGAGUUUCGAAACAUGCACCGAUGAGACACGAGUGCAGGAGGUUGUACAGCAGUACCCCCAACUUCAACAGUACUUUGAAUACGUAGAACAGACCUACAUUGGUGGGCCAGUGUUUCAUGUUCCGUUCACAACUUACAUGUUGAACCAGAACCAACAACCAUGUACAGGCCUUCUUCAGCACAUGGAGCAAACUGUUAAUGGCUCCCCAUCCCAAUCUUGUCAAGUGGAGCGACAUGACCCUCAAGAUCCGCAGAACCCACAGAGGAGAUCGUCAGACAGACGAGGGCGAAGAAGAAACCUCGAAGGCAGGGUCAAGCGCCUUCAUCGGGCGUGCCAGCGGUUACCGCUCGAUAGUCCGAAGGUGCAAGACCAUGGCCAGGCGCGAUGAGGCGGCUGAAUGAUGACUCCUUUGAGACAUUCAGGAUGUGGAAAGUGCAGAACCACAUAAGAAUAUUGAAGAGAAAAUGGCUUACAGGACCUCAAAUUAGACCAUGAGCUUGUUCUACAUCGGCUUUUGUUUCAAAUGUGGUUACUGCAUGGAUCAAAUGAUGGAUCCCUUUUGAGAUUGACACGAGAAAUGACACGCUGACACAGAUUAAGGAACCGACCCUAGUGGCGGGGGUUUGCUUUCAUUUCAUCCCAUGUUAUUAUAUUCAUGAGGAAUAGCACGCAUUACUAAACACGAGACACCAUGCAAAUAGUGUGAGUUACAACAAGGUCACAAAGAAACUAUAAGCACAAUAUUGGCAACAACCCUGAAUGGCAAAAGGCAAGCCAAUGAUUUUUUUGCUAUCACGUACAAGAAAAACAAUAACAUGCACGUAUAAAUGCCAGUCUUAUCGAAUAAUUGCUGCUGGCAACAUACUGGUAUAGAUCAUAUUUACAAUACUAUUAGGCAAUUUAGAUACGAUACUAAAAUUAAACUCUAUACAUGUACAUGAACAAAAUGAUUAGGGUACGUGAUUGUUAAUUUACAAUGUGUUGAGAUGUUAAUCCAGAAGAUGUUAAUCCAGAAGUCGACAUAAAAAUUCUUGUAGUAACCAAGCAAUAACACUUGAAGUGAUUCUCCCAUUGAAUGUGGUAGGCCUGUAUUCUGGAAUACAUUUCAGUUGUACAUUUCAUUUCCACCAUCAUUUAUUUCGAAAACAUCGCCAGUUAGCGCCAUAAAUUGUGAAGAAAUCCACGAGUGCAUAAUA